AAAAUCGACAUUUAAAUUUAGAUAUGAAUACACAAAUAAUUCUAUUUGCAAACCCAAACACGCACAUCUAGCGUUUGGUCCGAUUGAGUCUCGAUAUAACGGGUCAAAGUCCCCAAAAACAGGCGUCGGUUUUACCGAAAUAUUCAGAAACAAACGGAAUCCGCUUUGAAUCUCGAUAUGGAGGGACUUUAAUACCUUUAGCUUUAGCCUGUUAGCUCGGACUGCAUGUUUGUGUGUAUAUCAACAAUAACACACUCUCAUCCGCAUUUACCGCAUGAAUAAGAAGAUUAUUGAUAUGAUCGACGACUGACGAAGAAGUGAAGGAAGCUGCUGGACCCUCAGGGAUGUAGUGUUACAUGUUUAGACAGGAACAUUGCACGACGGAAGGAGAGGUCGCUUCGCGUCCAGAUCUCGGAGUUGGUGCAUUUCAAGCGUCCGCAAUGGAGAAGACGGAGAAGAGGCCAGGAUACUUCGCCAGGCUGAAGAAGAAGCGGCAGCUGAAGCAGAGCCAAUCAGAAAAAACGUAUGCUGAGCAGAGCCAAUCAGAUUUGGAAUCCAAGACGCCAGUCAUCCGUGAGCCUGCUCUUAUUGGUCGAUCUCAGGAGAGGACUGCGGAGAGAGGCCAGCCUGACGGAUCAGAAGACAACAGUAAACCAUGCGGUCAGACCAAGAAAGAGAAAAGUAGACCUCCAGGAACCGUGGAGUUCACCGUCGGACCGAAGGACACUCUGAACAGCAUCGCUCUGAAGUUCAACAUCACUCCGAAUAAACUGGUGCAACUGAACCGUCUCUACUCACACAGCGUCGUACCUGGACAGAAACUGUUCGUCCCUGAUGUGGACCAAUCAGAGCGCGGUUCUCAGGUCGACGGCUCCUCUGAACAUCUCACAGCGUCCGAGUCGUCAGAGAAGGAGCGGAAGGACGGUGAAUCGAGCUGCCGAUCCGGACGACCCGUGCGCAGAGAAACAUCUCCGCUCUCUGAAGACGAGAGUCCGACCACCGUUAAAUUCCUCAAGAUGAGCUGCAAGUACUUCACUGAUGGCAUGGGAGUUGUGGGAGGAGUGAUGAUUAUAACACCCAACAACAUCAUGUUUGACCCGCACAAAUCUGACCCGCUGGUGAUUGAGAACGGCUGUGAGGAGUAUGGCCUCAUCUGUCCCAUGGAGGAGGUGCUGUCUGUGGCCCUGUAUGACGAUGUUUCCCGUAUGAAGCUCAAGGACGCGUUGCCGUCUGAUGAAGCCCAGGAUCUCUGUCCGUUAUACAGGCCGGGCGAGUGGGAGGAGCUUCCCUCCGAACAAGAUCUGAACCCCUUUAGUCGUUAUGAGGCUCUCGGCGCGCCCAACCGGCCAAUCGUGUUAGACGAUAUCGAAACGGCCGUCUCUGAGAUAUCAGAGUGCCAGAUCGCUGACAAAUCUCCGUCAGACGAAGGUUUCACCGAACUGGAGCUGCUGCAAGGCGACUCUAACACCACCUGCUCCGGCCAGGAGGGGGCGUCACUACAGGAGCAAAGAAAGACGCCAACAGACAAAUCCGUGACGUCUUUUCACGUUGAGGAAGACGAGGACGAAGGCCUUCACAACCGUUCCACAGAUGACAACGCAGAGCUGCUACAGUCUGUUCCGAACAGGCUGGAUGAACCCACGGCGCUGGUGCAUGAUGGGAAGGAAGCUACCACAGAAGUGAAUGAAGAAACCAAAACAAGGGGUGAAACGUUAGUAAAUGGAGUCUCUGCAAUCGAGGUGACCGCAAGCGACCAAAAAGCAAAGGCGACCCUAGAGGACUCUGAGAAAUGUAGUAGUUCGCCUGGACCAAAUCUUGAGGAUAAUAAGGGACCAAACCCAGACGUACAGCUUUCUGAAGCCGAGCUACGCAGACGGGCCAGUGAGGCUGAGAUGAAAUCAUGGCUGCUAAAAAGAAUGCAGAGACCAAUCGAAGAUAUGCUGCUGUCCAAUGAAGAAAAGAGCAAAGCUCCGCCCAUGUUCCUGUGCUUUAAGGUGGGGAAGCCAAUGAGGAAGUCCUUUGCCGCUGGUCGGACAUCUAGCCCCGCCCACUCGUACAUUGGCAGAGGGCGGAAACCAGAAUAUUGGUUUGCUGUGCCUCAAGAGAGAGUGGACCACCUGUACUCGUUCUUCAUCCAGUGGUCUCCAGACACUUAUGGGAAAGACGCUCAGGAGCAGGGCUUUGUGGUCGUAGAGAAAGACGAGCUCACCAUGAUCGACAACUUCUUCAGUGACCCGGUUCCUCGCAGCUGGGAGAUCAUCACGAUUAAUGAGGCCAAGAGACGCCAGAGCUUCAGCUUCGAGGACGAGGAACCUCUAGAUCUUCUUCCUGUGCUGAUGGACCCCAGCACUCUUCUGGAAGACACGCACAUUGAGAAGUUGUCCACUCGUUUGCCGGCCCGUGUUCAGGGUUAUCCGUGGCGUCUGGUUUACAGUACUGUGGUACACGGAACCAGCCUGAAAACCUUGUACAGGAACCUGAUGGAGCUGGACUGCCCUGUGCUGAUGGUCAUCAAAGACAUGGACAACCAGAUUUUUGGAGCAUUUUCCACUCACCCUUUCCGACUGAGUGAGCACUACUAUGGGACAGGAGAGACCUUCCUCUACAGCUUCUGCCCAGAGAUCAAGGUUUACCGCUGGACGGGUGAAAACUCAUACUUUGUAAAAGGAAACACGGAUUCCCUUCAGAUCGGUGGAGGAGGGGGUCAUCUGGGCCUGUGGCUGGACGCCGACCUUUACCACGGCACCACGUCUAAAUGCUCCACCUUCAACAACCUGCCACUAUCCUCCAAACAGGACUUCACCAUCCAAAACCUGGAGGUGUGGGCCUUCGAAUGAGCGCCUGUGCCGCACGCAAACAUCCACACGCUAACGUACCCACGCCACUGUCACGGCAUGAUGACAUGAUGUCUACUUGACGCUUUAUCCCGUACUGUACGAGGCUGUUCUCGUGAAUCCAGUCCGACGUGGUUUUACUUGGUUUCUCCUGGUCUGAGCACGGAGAGAGAAGUUCGUGGCAGCGAUGCCGCCCACAGCUAUCCCAGCAUGCAAUAUGUUCUCCUGCUGAAAUAUAACCAAUAUAUAAACACAUAUACGUGUAUGUGAACGGCGAGGACUGUGUACAAUAUUCGGGAAGCGUUCAAAGCCGAAGACGUAAUCGGUGGCCAAAUCUGUCGCUUGAGGCCAGUCGCUCAAAUCAUAAUUUUUGUUUACAUCGUGAUUUCAUGCGUUUAGUUGGUGUAUUUUCACAUUCGUAUUUUCACAAUGCCAAUAUGUCCACAAAUUGGUUUUGUUGACCAAAGCAUUUUAUUUGCCUUGUUUUCCAGUUUUUAUAUUUCGUUUUUUUCUUUUUCUAUUUAAGUGUAUUUUUUUUUUUUAAUAUAUUGGACGUGACAUAUAGUCAUAUUCCUACGUGACGAUUGUUUUGCUGUUUUGUGAUAUUUUAGGGACCUUUUCUAGUUCGAUCGAAAGGGAAGCACUUGAAAUAAUGCCAGUAUUACUCGUGAACACUAUGAUAAUCGCACGCCUGAUUUCAUUAACUAUGUCGCAUCAGUUUCUAGCAAAUCAGGUUCACCACUUCACUGUGGGUUUGUGUAUGCAAUCACUGAACGAUGUCACUUCCUGUUAUGCGGUAGCACGAUUAUUACGUGAUUAAGCGUGAACAGAUGCAUGGUGCAAAGUCCGUUCUUGCGGUUGAAGGCACCCCUCUUUGGAAACGUCCACUCAUUUCACUACUAGACAGCAUCUGUGGGCAUUAUUAACCGCAUUCAUGGUCCAUUAGUGAAAAAAAAAAAGUUUACAAGUGUUUCAAUGUGUCUCUGAUUUCAAACACUGUCCGGUUGUGUAUGGUAACCAGUGAAUGUCAUAUUUAUUGUGUAUUUCUGUGUUUGAAAGUGAACCAAAUAAAUACAAUAAAUGAAGA